UCCUGGCCUCUCCGUCUCCGUCUCCAUCUCCGUCUCUCUCUUGGUUCUUGGUGUCACUAAUGGUGUUGGUUUAACAGAUGCUGGAGAAGAGGUAGGGACAUUCCUCUGUACGUAACUUCGUAUGGCUGUUCGAUGUCGGUUUUCCUUCGUUGUCUCCUCUAUAUUCUUCCUUCUCCUCUCCUGCUGCCUCCUGGCAGCAUUGAAGGAAGAGGAGUUCACAGAGGAGUUGCUGCUUCGUCCCCUGAGGGACCAGAAGGUCUUGGCUCAUUUCCAUUUCACCAGCCGUGUUCCUCUUGCUCAGGACUAUGGUCACCAUCAUCGCCUCUUCCCUAAAGCAAUAUAUCAAUUGGUCCAGAAGUUCAGGGUACGGGAAAUGGAGUUAUCAUUUACACAAGGAAGGUGGAAUUAUGAACGAUGGGGAGGGUAUGAUUAUAUGUCGGCUAGCAAUGCAAAGCCACCUGGGGUUGAGCUCUGGGCUGUCUUGGAUGCCCCAGCUGAUGAAAUCGAGACAGCUUGGAGAAAUCUGACUCAUGCUCUUUCAGGCCUUUUCUGUGCUUCCAUUAAUUUUCUGGAGUCAACCACUUCCUAUGCAUUCCCAAAUUGGUCUUUUAAGCCAGAUAGGACCCACAAUUUGAGGUAUGGUGCAUUGCCUCGUGAAGCUGUGUGUACAGAAAAUCUUACUCCAUGGUUGAAGCUUCUUCCUUGUCGAGAUAAAGCUGGGAUUGCUGAAAUAAUGGACAGGCAAUCCAUAUACAGAGGGUUCUAUCAUUCACAGCGUUUAUACAUCAGUUCAUCUGAAUUUGAUUUGGGUGCAAAAAGGGGAGAAUCAGGCACUUUUCUUGAACAAACUUUGACUCUUGUGCUUCAACCUAGUAUGCCAAGUGCUCAUUUCUCUGAGAAAAUAAUGCAGCCUAGUUGGUCUAUUGGUUCUUUGUUUGGAAAACAGAUAACCGGUAGGUGUGUUCUUGCAAAGUCCAGCAAUGUUUUCCUUGAGCUUGAAGGUGAUUUAGUUAAGAAACUGGAAAGUGUGGCUGCUGAUAUUCAGAUCAGUAGUCAUGAUGGUACUUUAUCUGAGCAGUCCUGGAGAAAUCCGGUCUUUGAAUUGUCCUCCAUGCCAGAUGGAAUACUAAGAGGAUUUGGCAUAUCAAAGAGGGGUGUUGCCUCAAAACUUCGCUCUGUAGUUUAUAAGUUCUCUGUAAAAAAUUCCACGCUUUCUAUACCUCUGAAUGUAGGCAUGACAUGGAAGCAACCUAUAAUAUGGAAUUCUUGUCAGGCACCAUUUCAUUCAAGUAGAUUUUUGAUGGGAAGUGGAAAUGCAAGAGGAUCAUUGGCUAUAUCUCUGGAAUCUACUUUGUCCACCAAAAAACAUCUGACUAGUAGCUGCUGUGCCAUUAUGGGAUCCAAUCAGCAUGAUAAUACAGCGGAGCUUAUGAUUUUCCAAAUUGUGCCUUGGUAUGUUAAAGUUUAUUUUCACACACUACAAGUCUAUAUUGAUGGUCAUCUCAUGCCAGUUUCUGAUAUAGUGAAGCGAAUAAGUGUCUCACCUUCAGUUGAUAGAGUGACUCCUGGCUUGAUGGAGAUUCUUCUUGUGCUACCUCAUAACUCAACAUCAGCAGCGCUGAUCCUUGACUUUGAUAAGGGAUUUCUUCAUAUUGAUGAAUAUCCCCCAGACGCCAAUCAAGGAUUUGAUCUUCCUUCUGCUCUUAUCAGUUUUCCAGGCUUCAAAACAAGCACAACCUAUCAUGAACAGAAGUUAUCAGCUGAAUCACCCUUGUUACAUAAACUGCAGGAGGUGAUGUCUAGCCAGUUGUAUACGGAAGUGUUGCUUGUGCCAUUGGCUACACCUGAUUUCAGCAUGCCUUACAACGUAAUCACUUUGACAUGCACUAUGCUUGCCUUGUAUUUUGGUUCACUAUUGAAUGUUUUAAGGCGGCGAGUUGGUGAAGAAAAAAGAUACCUAAAAAGCAAAGCUGCUCUGAAAGGUGGUCUGUUAGUACAGAUGCUGUCCAAAUUGUCCACUAAGGUAAGGGGGAGAUCACAAGAAGCGGCAUCAUCACCAUCAUUGAUGAGGCGCACACUGUUCAGAGUCAUAUUGGUAGCCAUCUUUGCUGUUGCUUUGCAUUAUUUUCUGAACAAUUGAUCGAACUAUGAUUCUACGAUAGCAAAUGACCAAAGGUUGUCAUGAGUAAUUCCUUCUUAAGUUCCAUGUCAGAGGGUAAUAUGAAUGUUCUACCAUGUUCCAUAUGAGAUAUCCGGCGUGGAGGUAGGCCAAGUAUUGGCAAAUUGGGGAUUUCUAAGUGCAUGCCCAAGUAUUUAUAACUUCCUGGGUUGUAAUUGCUAUCUUAUUUGGUUCAGCUGCUAUAGCCGUUUGGAAUCCACAAACUAUCCUGACCGCAAACAUGUUCUUGAAUUUAUUGGAGACUUGAGCAAAACUCAAAUUGGAGAAGAAUAUGGUCCUUGGGUUCCUUUUACUGGAACUCUGUUUUUAUUUGUUUUUGUUUCUAACUGGUCAGGUGUUGUUUUACGUUGAAGAAUCAUACAGUUAUCUUGGAGUUACUUACACCCGGGAAUGAUAUUAAAUACUACUGUUGGUUUAUCUUUCCCCACGUCAGUGGCUUUAUUUUGUAUGCAGGCCUUACUAAAAGGGAUUCGGUUAUUGCGGUAAAUUGUUUUCAACUCACUUGGACAACGUUUCUGAGAUUCA